AUGGCGCCCGUGGAAGAUACCCAGGACAGAAUCUGCCAAAAUGUGACGGAAGCCAUUGGACAUACUCCGUUGGUGUAUUUGAACAAGGUUACGGAAGGGCUGAAUGCCAAAAUUGGUAGGGAUUUUUUUGAUGAUUUUGUCAUCUUAUCAUAUACAGAAGAAUUCAUUCUUUGGGGUAUAAUCCGAUGUUUUUAAGCCGUAAAACUUGAAUAUAUGAAUCCGGCAUGCUCUGUAAAAGAUCGUCCAGCUACCCAUAUGAUCGAAGAGGCGGAAAGAGAGGGAAAGAUCAAGCCCGGGAGUGUCAUCAUCGAACCAACUUCCGGAAAUAUGGGCAUCGGAAUGGCCAUGGCCUGCGCUGUGAAGGGGUAUAAGUUGAUCCUAGUCAUGCCUCAUACGAUGAGCAUAGAAAGGGUAGGUGUUAUGAUAAUAUUUGCUUUAGCCUCUAAUGCAAACAACUACAAAUUGAUUUAGAGAGUGCUCUGCAAAGCUUAUGGAGCUCAAGUUGUCAUCACGGAUGCCGCAUUGGGUAUGAAAGAGUGCUUCCAGCGAGCUAAUGACCUCCAAAAAUCCAUCCCCGGGUCGUUUAUCCCCAAUCAAUUCGCCAAUCCGGCCAACCCGAACAUCCAUUAUCUCACCACUGGACCCGAAAUUUGGCGUCAAACUGAUGGAAAAGUUGGCCUUGUCGUGUUUGGCGUUGGAUCAGCAGGAACGUUGACUGGCGUCGGAACGUUCUUGAAGGAAAAGAACCCCGACAUCAAGGUCUAUGCCGUCGAACCGUAUGAAUCUUCGGUCAUCAACGGACUUCCUGCAGCGUCCCAUUCCAUCGCCGGAAUUGGAGCUGGCAUCAUUCCAGACAAUUUGAAGCCCAUUUAUGAAGAAGCCUUGAGAGUCAAAAGUGCGGAUGCUGUGGAAAUGGCCAAGAGAUUGGCCACUGAAGAAGGAAUUCUAUGUGGAAUCAGCAGUGGGGCAAAUGUUCUGGCGGCAAUUGAGGUAAAUAAAGUUCUACAAUUGUUUUUAUUGGGUUUUAAUGCCAUUUUUUGCUAUAAAAUUAUAUUAUUCUUGUUUUCAGCUAGCCAAACGUCCGGAGAACGCUGGGAAGCUGAUUGUGACUUGUCUUGCCAGUUUUGGAGAACGAUACCUCAGCACAUUGCUCUACAAGACAGUCAAGGAUGAAUGCGAAGCGAUAAAAAUCACCAGCCUUGAGGAUGACAAACAAAAUCUCAAGAAUUUAUGGGGCUUAGAACUUUAA